GACUGAGUGAUCCAGGUACAGGUCCCAGUCCUUGAGGACCGAACCAGCGGCCAUUCGCAGGUUGCACUUUAAGAUACCAUUGGCUCGUUCUACCAGUCCAUUAGAUUGCAGGUGAUAGGGAAUGUGAUAGUUCCACAGCACAUGAUGUUUUGUGGCCCAUUCAUAGACAAGAUGGUUGCGAAAAUGUGAACCGUUGUCACUUUGCAGCUCCACGGGGGGUGGGUAAAUGGCUAGCAGGUCUUCCAGUGCUGCACAGGUGUCCUAUGCAGUGGCCUUGGUGGAGGCCCAGGUGAACGUCAUUGCAGUGACUGCUUCCACUGCUACAAACACAUACUGUCACUUUCUGGGGGUGCGGGGGAGCGGGCCUAUAAAGUCACAUUGCCAAACUUGCCAUAUUACCUUUCCAUCGCGUAAUGACAAAGGGGUAGUUGAGGCAGGGGUUAGUCAGGCCUUGACUUCCUGGCAGGUGAUGCAGGAGUUGACCAAUUCCUGCGCUUCCCUUUUAGUUAGGUGAAUGCCGCAGGCGAGCAGUGCCAUCGCGGCCAGGGUGCCCAUGCUGCCGAUGCAGCCACUCUGCGGCUAGCGCUCCAGGGGUCUGCCGGAGGGAGGGGCCGGGCACCUUCUCUGGAGGUGGCUGAGCCUCUGCUUCAGCAACAAGGGCUUCUGUGCCGUCUUUGGCUAGCUCGUCUACUUGCCUGUUCCACUUUGCUUCAGGCCCUUCAGCUUUUUUGCUCCCAUGCACUGCACUAACAUGUCGUAUGUGUAAGGGAAGGCCUCCCUGUGCCAUUUCCCACAAGGCCUCCCACUCUUCACAGCUCCAAAUGUCUCUGCCUCACCUUGUGAAGUUCCUUUUUCCACAGGGGUAACCACUUGGUGCAACCCUCUACUACCAUCCACGAAUCGCAGUAGAUAUAAAUGGGUUUUGUAUAGCCUGACCCUAGUAACAGUUCAAAGUUGGCCACAUGGACUACAGCAGCCAGCUCGGCGUACUGCGCACUUUGACCAUUUCCCUCCAUUACAAGUUGCUUACCAUCUCGAACCCGAAUGGCAGCACUCCUCCAGGUGUGACCUUUGGCUGAGCUGUCGGUAAACUAGACCUCUGCGUCUUCUGAUGUUUCCAUGGUGGGUAAAAAGGGAGGUGCUUCCUUGAUGGGAGAUGGCUCGUCAGAGCUGGCUGCGUCUGGGUAUAUGUUAACCGUGCUUUCUGUGACUUUUUCCACUAGUGCUGGAUGCCCCUUUGGGGUUACCCGCCAAGCCUAACUUAAGAUAUGAUAGAUCCAUUUUUGCACUGUUGUUUCUUGGGCCCUCCCUCCGGGCGGGAGGUGUCUGUCAGACAAUGCCAUUCCCAGGAUGGGCACCGGGGUAGUUAUGACAGUGGGUAGCUCCCCUCUCAGAGCCUCUGUGGCUGCUAAAGCUGCGGCUGCUGCACACAGCGUUUGUUCCAGCAGGGUGUAUUGGACUUCAGCCCCUUUCCAGCCUUGGCUUCAAAACCCAAGGGGCUUUCCCUCUGCCUUAGGUGCAUCCCUCUGCCAUAAGCUCCAAUGGGGCCCCCCGUCGGACACGUUUACAUGGAGCCAGGGCUCCCCUUCUGGGCGCCGUGCUGCUAGGGAGGUGUGGGUGAUCACUGCCUCCUUGAGAGCCCACAUGGCAUGUUGGUGCUUGGGGGCCCAUUCCCACUGUGCUUUUUUCUUGCAUAGAUUAUACAGAAGCCGGGCCAACACACUAAACUCAGGGACAUGCAAGUGCCAGAAGUUAAGCGCUCCCAGCUGGGCUUGCAGCUCAUUUACAGUGUUGGGGCAGGGGUAUCUACCAGGCUCUGUAGCUCUUUGGCCGGUAUGGUGGGUCCACCUUGCUGCCAUUGGAUUCCCAGGAAUUCACACUGGGGCCCGACUUCUUGGAUCUUUUUGCUGGACAGCAUGAAUCCAAACACCUGCACCUUCUCCUCUAGGGACUCAAAAGCAGAAAUGGUUAAUUCCCAGUCCUGGCCCCUCACCAUGACAUCGUUGACAUACUGCCAGACAUGCACCUUCGGGUGACUCAGUUGGACUUCGUGGACCACCGCAGCUAGCGCUCCGUGGGCCAAGGUGGGGCUGUGCACCCAACCCUGGGGUAGGACUGUGUAGCUGUACUGCUGUCCCAGCAAACAAGGGCCAGUAAUCUUCAUGGAUGGGAAUAGCAAAGAACAUGUCCUUUAUGUCUACGGAUCCCAUCCACUGGCGGCCAUAACACCUAAUGUUUUCUGUUAGUGCAGGCAUGGAUGGGACCGCGGCCGUCAGACGGUCAGUGUUGGCAUUCAAAGCCCUAAAAUCAAUAGUCAAUCGCCAGUCCCCAUUUGGUUUACGUACUGGCCACACCGGGUUGUUGUACGGAGAAUGGGUUUGAAUGAUGGUUUCAUCCUCCAGCUGCUGAUUGAUGAUGUCCUGGAUGGGUCGUGUUGCCUCAGGGGGUGUGCGGUAUUGAGGUCAGUGUACCCCCUUCAUGGCCGGCGGGGCGAGCGGGGUCAUGGAACAUCGGGCUACUGCCGUCAUCACGUCCUCCUGCUCACCUUCCUGAACCGUGGCGCAGCAAAACUGCCAGGUUUCCUGCUUAAGGAUAAACUGCUGCCCCUGCAACACGUUUAGUCCCCGUAGGUUCGGCCCUUCCCAGAGCAUGACAGUGGCUGCUGUUACUACAGAGCCGUUAGGCAAGGUGAAUGUGGGCCGGACCAGAUGUCCCGGUCGUCUGGUGCCUCCAACUCCUACACCUGGUGGGGGGGUUCCCCAUCCCCCUUCCAUUCUGCACAGUCCAAAACGCACAGUUGAGCACUAGUGUCUAGUAGCAUGUUGAUUGACCUUUUUCUUCCACUUAAACAAAACUUUAUAGGCACUUGGAUUAAGGGACCAAUAUUAUUCUGUGUUACCAGUCCCCGAUCCUCUAUUGCCCCCACGAUGGCCCCUUGCCUGGGGGGCUGGGUCGGCCGGGCCUCCUACUGCUGGGGGUUAGGGUGCCGGGGGCUCUGUCUUCUGUCUAUUUACCAUAAACCUGUGCGCCUUUCCAGGUGGGAGAUGCAUCACCACAAGGGCUCUUUUCCAUAUACUGGCCAAUGUAUAAUAUAUAAAUCCUUCAAUCAUUUGGACAGCAACAGACAGACCUACCUUGUACUCUACCAUGGCUACCCAGGCAACACUACCAUUGCUGAGACAAAUUUCGUUUUUUGUUGGGUUUUUUUAACCAUCUUUCAGACAGAGGUCCCAGGUUUAGGAAAGCAUUUAUCCUGCAGGUUAUUGUUUCCUUUCAAACAAUGGGUUAAUGCAGUUUCUCACGCAUCUGAUAUGCUGGUGUUAUAAAGAUCAUUUAAAUACAAACUUUUUUUUAUUUUUAGUAGCCUUAAAAACAUUUCAUCAGUUGAUUUGCUAAAAAUACACACACUACCUUUUAAUAAAUGCCAUUUUCCUAAACAAGCAAGUGUGCAACUUUCAUAUGAAUUGCCGCCCUUCGUUUCACAUAUUAGAACAACUUUUUGAUCCAAGCUGGAUGGAAGAGUCCUGGCCUGGGAUCCAGAGACAGGUUCAAUUUUUAGAGGGGGUAUUAGCAACAGUUUUCAUAUCUUUAUGAUAUUCAUAUGCAGUUCAACUUUUGACAGUUUCAACCAAACAAAGAACCGAAUAACACAAAACAGACAAGACAAUUUUUGUUGUAGUGGUAAAGCCAUUGCUUAGGUGAGGAAGGUACUGUUGAUGGUAAAAAGGCCUCUUGGUUUAUCAGUCACCUUUGCUACGAGACUGAAUUUUACACUACAAUUUCUGCAAAAGAAAAUAAACAUGCACAGACCCGUCGAGGAAAACUCCUCGCAAUAAAAUCAUAUUUACAGUGCUGACAUGUGCAGGCAAUGUACAUAUUACUGGAGUUUAGGGGGGCAGGGAUUUAUACACACACGUUGAAUGACAAGGAUUAUUCAUAUCUAUGUUAUUGUUUUCAAUGGCCGAUUGCACAAUUUGCGCAACUGGAAUUGGAACAGUUACAAUUUUUGUAAAAUAUAAAAUCAUGGGAUGCUAAUACCCUUGUUUUAACCACCUUACCAUUUUUAAAAAUGGGGGGGGGGGCAGUUAGAGGAACAAUUUCUCCCAUCAAAUUUUUACCUAGAAAGGUUUUUUCACAUUCUUAUUGCUGGACAUUGUAAAAUCUUUAGGAUACUUAGAUAAAACAAUACUGUUGUUCCCAUGAACAUGAAUUUAAAAUUAUACCGGCACUUUUGUGCCAUGGAAAUAGAAAAUAAAAUAAAACCUGCAUUAGCCAAAUUCAAUAUUGAAAAUCAUUUUACCCCUCCUGCUAUAGCUGCUCCAAUUUCAGAGUACUUUGUCACAACAGGGGCUGCAAUAGCUGUUACUGUAUUCACAGCUCUGAAGUUUAUUGCCAGCCUCCAGGGUUUUUUUGCCUGCCAUCAGAACAAACCAAAUUGGGGAGUCGCACACACUGGGCAUCUGUGCUACGGCUCCCUGACUCAGUGUGAAGGGGUGAGAGAGGGCCGUGACAGGCAGGGAAGGAAAGGAAGCAGCGCUUCCAGCGUGGCAGGCUGGAGCUGGAGACCGGAGGGGAGGAGAAGCGAUCACCACACUUCCGGAGCAGCCUCUCACUCCGGGUUGGAGGACGGAAGCUGCUCAGAGGUAUUUCCGGCCCCGGAGAGGGCAGACGGCGUCGGUUCCCUGCGAGCUGCCGAGCGUGUCUGCAGGCAAGUAGAGUGGCCUAAAGAGGAGGUUGGAGCCCCACAGAAGAAAACAGGGAUCGAGAUCCGGUAGGAUCACUUUGUGCAUUGCCUCAGUAAAGUGGCAGGAGAGAAAACACAAGACCAAGUUCCUGGCAGAAGUCAAGGCCCACCCCGUCACCGCCUGUAGGCCUUGAAGACUGGACACAGCCAACAGUGCCGUGCAUGAGCGCGGGGCAACAAGAGCCCAGGCCCCCGGCCAGUGAGAUCCCUGCUGGAGAGACGUGGCUGCUGCGCUGGAGCCCGUGGCAGCCGUGGGCCGCCCCUUCCCAGCGGGAGCUGGAGGAGCAGGACCCAGGAGGCGUGCAGGCAGGAGGGGCUGAGGGUGCAGAAGUCCCUCAUGUCGUCCAGACCGGAGCCGGUCCAGCACCGAGAGCUGUGGGGGCAGGAUGCGAUGCAGGCCAUGCAGCCCCCUUGCGAGGCCAAGCUGCCCUCCGCGACCCCGCAGCUGGCACCACGGGAUGAGCUCCCCACCCCAGAGCCCUGGCGCCAGCUCUUCCGUGGCCUGCGCUACCGGGAAGCCGAGGGCCCACGGAAGAUUUGCAGCCGCCUGUGGCAGCUGUGCCGGCGUUGGCUGGAGCCCCAGCGCCGCAGCAAGGAGCAGAUGUUGGAGCUGGUGGUGCUGGAGCAGUUCCUGGCCAUCCUGCCCCCGGAGAUGCGGAGCUGGGUGUGCGGGUGCCGCGUGGAGACGUGUGCCCAGGCCGUGGCCCUGGCCGAGGGGUUUCAGAUGUGCCAAGAGGAGGACAAGCAGCUCCAGGUCACAGUGCGAGUGAAAAUCAAGGAGGUGUCCUCAGACAAGAUGCAGCCCCCAGGGGCCAUGCUGGAGUGUGCUGAUUUCCAGGUGCAGCAGCCAAAGGCUCAUCACGAGAACAGGCCUGUGGUGAAGGCAAGAGAGAAAAAAACCCGAGGGCCUGAGGAUGAGCCACCUCAUGUCCGCAAAGAGGAGCCCCCCAAGGUCUCGGAGGUGUUUGAGGACGUGGCAAUGUAUUUCACGGAGCAGGAGUGGGAGCUGCUGGAAGAGGAAGACAAGGGGCUUUACCGGGACCAGAUGCUGAGGAACUACCAAGCCCUCGUUUCCCUGGGACAUCAAGGUCCAACACCUGACUUAAUCUGCCGCAUCCAGCAAGGACAGGUGAAGCUCUGGGUCUGUGAUGAUAAGGACUAUGGAGAAAUCUCAAGGUCAAAGGAACCAGCACCAGGAGGUGCCCGGUUGCUGAGCAGAACUGAGGAGCAGGGUCCUAAGAAAGGUCCAGCAAACCUGAAGCCACCAUGGGCUUCCCCAAGGACUUUGGGUAAGAUGGACUUCCUGAGCUUUGUGAAGGACCACUGGCACAUGGUUCAGGGGAUGCCCCAAAAGCAGAAGGAGAAUGUAGCAGUGAACCAGGUCCCGUCUCCAGUUGGGCAUGACAGUGACAAAGGGAAAGAAGCCAUAAAGAGUCCAGGGUGCCGGGAAGAAUUUGUGGUGCAGAGAGACCUGAAGAGGGACAAGACAAAGGUCCACUGGAGAGAGAGACGGCAUGCGAAACAAGGCAGUGGAAAGGGCCUCAGAGGGAAGCAGGAGCUCACUGCCAAGCCCAAGGGGAGAGCCCACCCCUGCCCUCAGUGCAAGAAAAGCUUUAGCUGCCCCUCGCGCCUGGCUCUGCACAAGAAAAAGCAUGCUGGGGAGAAGCCCCACAAAAGUGACAAGAAUGAAAAGAGCUUCUACUCUCCCAAACUGGUCCAGCACCAACGAGUCCACACAGGGAACAAAUCAUAUCGGUGCUCAGAGUGUGGGAAGAGCUUCACCCAGUCCUCCAGUCUGGCCCGGCACCAGCUGAUCCACACCGGGGAGAAGCCAUACCAGUGCUCUGUGUGUGGGAAGAGAUUCAGCCACUCCUCCAACCUGGCCCAGCACCACCGCAUCCACACAGGAGAAAAGCCACAUCAGUGCUCUGUGUGUGGGAAGGGCUUCACAUACUCCUCACACCUGGCCCGACACCGGUUCAUCCACACAGGGGAGAAGCCACAUCAGUGCUCUGUGUGUGGGAAGGGCUUCACCGACUCCUCAGUCCUGGCCCGGCACCGGUUCGUCCACACCGGGGAGAAGCCACAUCAGUGCUCUGUGUGUAGGAAGAGCUUCACUGACUCCUCAGGCCUGGCUCGGCACCGGUUCAUCCAUGCAGGGGUGAAGCCACAUGGGUGCUCUGAGUGUGGGAAGACCUUCACCCACUUCUCCAAGCUGGCCCAGCACCAGCGCAUCCACACAGGAGAAAAGCCAUUUCGUUGCUCUGUGUGUGAGAAGAGCUUCACCUGCUCCUCAGGCCUGGCCCGGCACCGGUUCAUCCACACAAGGGAGAAGCCACAACAGUGCUCUGUGCGUGGGAAGACCUCCACCCAAUCCUCCCAUCUGGCCGAGCACCAAUCCAAACACCUCAAGCAGACAACAUCCCAGAUGCAAAGAUCAUCUCCUCCUCAUCUCCUCCCCCAGCAUCAGCCUUGAAACCUGUGCAUAUCACAUCCUUCUCUAAAAGCAGUCAGCUCUCCCAUGGGACAAAGCAGUACCUUCAUGAUGGGGCGCUCUCCCCAAGACAACUGACUUCAGAUGACACCCAGGGACUUCCCUUGGUGCCCUCCCAGCUUUGUCCUUUCAUCUGGUCCCAGGGUUGUAGUAUAUGAGGCUCUUGAAUUGCAGGAAGGACAUAUAUGACUGAGGAAACAUUCCCUGCCCUUCACCCUGACCUCACCUUUCCUCACCACCCCGCCAGAUCCCUCCUCCAGGCCCUCCCAUGCACAGUGGGGUCUGCAAGGAGCUGCUACUGCCACCCUUGAGCCUUUUUGGCCUUUUUUGCUUUUUAGCCUCUGCAGAACUGUGCACCACGGGGUGCCUGGUGCGCCCCUGCCCUCUCCUCCCCUCCUUUCAUUGCAUGCUUUCUCAUGUUACUAAAGCCCCAGAACUGAACAUGGUA